AUGCCCGGUACCGAUCGGUGCCAGCCCCAGAACGCGCUGCAGAGCUGCACAAUGAGCGGGAAAUGCUCGGAGAACGAAAGGCUGAGAACCCAGGCUCUGAAGAAAGCCAAAGAGGAGAAAGAGGAGAAUUUGAAAAAGGAGAGUGAGCUCUUGAGGGCUAGGAGGGAACUGGAAGCCCUGAGAAAAAAGCACCAGAAACUCUCCAAAAAAUUGGUGAAGUACUCCCGGUUCAAGAGGUACCUGGAGGAUGUGGUGGAGAAUUCACAGUUCCCUGACAUCGAUGACAUCAUCAGCUACUACAAGGCCAUACUGAGGACCCGCAAGGACCUGCUGCAGUCCCAGUGGUGGCACCGGCAGCUGAUGGAGCAGGGCAAGGGCCUGCAGCAGCAGCUCCGGGCAGGGAAGGAGGCUGAGAUCCUCCAGUGCAGGAACGACCUGGUGCAGCUCAAGGAAUCCUUUGACCAGGCUCAGAGUGACAUCCGGCAGUGGGAGGAUCGCUGGGCCCAGGUGCAGGACAGGCAAGCCAGGAAGGCCGUGGAGCUGAGGUCCCUCACCAUGGCCAUCCACGGCCUGUUCCACGCUGCCAGCGCGCGGCUGCAGCCCCAGGGCAGGGUGGCAGCUGGGGACAGCCACCGGCAGCUGGACAUGAUCCGGCAGUUCAUCCACGACCUCCAGGACUUCACGGAGGACAUGAAGGAGCGUGGCCGAGCUCUGUGA